AGGAGGACAGAAGAAAGCAAAUUGACGGGAAAGGAGAGCGACACAAAUCCGCAUGGCGACCAAAGCUGGUAAGAAAGGAGGCAAGAAUCAGCAGAAAGCACCGAAGAAGCCCGAGGAACCAGACUACUUGCAAAAGGUGGACCCUAUUUUGAUGAAAAAUGUCAAUGAACUCACAGGAGGUCGCAGUAAUCUACAGAUUUUUGUGCCCCUUUGCGGCAAGACGCCGGAUAUGCGUUGGCUAGCAGAACAAGGUCACGCGAUUACAGGUGUGGAAGCUUCUCCUCGCUACAUCAAAGCGUUCUUCCGAGAUUCUAAGCUGGAGUAUACAGUCCAGAAGAAGCAAAUCACGGCUGAUAAGAAAGCAGACGUGUACACGGCGAAAGGCCAGAAUAUUACACUCUACCAUUGUGACAUCUUCAAUUUUUCUCUUGAGGUAGCAGGAGGAAAGUUCGAUGCCAUCUGGGAUCAGUCCGCCAUGCCUGUGAUCAAUGCGAUGGGUAAACCACGACUGAAGGAGUACACGAGCUUAAUGCAGUCGCUUCUUAAGCCAGACGGCCGGCAUAUGGUGGAGAUCUGUAAACACGGGUCUAAUUUUGUGACAGCAAAGAUGUUAAAGUCACUGGUUGGAGAUCAAUGCGACGUGCGUUACAUAGGUACGAGAAUAUGGAAAUACGACGAGGAAGAUGAUGAGUAUGACCCCGAAGAUCACGAACACGAGGACCACGGACACGGAGACCACGAACACGGAGACCACGGACACGGAGACCACGAUGACGAGGAAGACGUGGAGAUGUUUUAUCACCUUAUCACUUUCAAGGAUAAGGGCGCGACAGCUGGAAGGAAGAGGAAAAGUGAAAUGCAGAUGGAAGAGAGAAAAGAAAAGCAACCCAAGCAAACCAAAGGAAAACAACGACAAAAGAAAAGAAGCAAAAAGUGAACGCAAGACAGACGUUGGUUCACGAAUGGCGCUGAAACUUCACUCAGGUACUCUGAGUAACAUUAAAUUAACUAGAUAAAAAAAGACAAAAGCUAAAAGCAAAUGAAAAAACAAGUAUAAGACUGUAAGAGUGCUUCU